AGUUGAAUACCACACAUUUGAAAUCGCUUAAAUAUUAAAAUAACAAAAUAUAAUAUUUUACGGGAAAUUUAAUGAUAAAUAGUCUAAUAAUAUGUUAAAAGACAACAUGAAGAUUGUGUUUAUCAAUUAAAUAUUGUUUCUAAGAGUAAAAACGAUUGAGUUUGUGUGAAAAGAAAGAGUAAAUUUAUCGAAGAGCGAAAGAGUAAAAAAAAAGUUUAAAAAAUCAGCAAUUAUGUCUCCUUAAAUUAGGCAUGAAAAGAUCAAAAGAAGCAGCAUGGCAGCAGACAGCGAUGGUAAUGAUAAAAAUUUAACAGCAGUAGUAAUCUGUGAAGGGGAUUAUCAUGAUCCCUCGUUUCCACAAAAAUUAAACAACCUAGUGGCGCGCCUCAACAGUCUCAUAGAGGAGCAGCCAAAAUCAAAACGACUCAAAGUUAAUAAAGUUGAACCAUGGAACUCUGUUCGAGUAACACUGUCCAUUCCAAAGGAAGCUGCUGUAAAACUUCGACAACUAGCAGCCGAGGGCAAUAGUGCAUUAAGGGAAUUGGGCAUAUUAUCGGUUCAGCUGGAGGGUGAUUCUGUGAUAUCAUUAAGAUUAGUUGGUCAGGAAAUUGUAUUGCGUACAUCAGCUGAUAAUACAACUGGUUCACAAAAUACAACAAAUCUCGGUGAAUUGACGCGAAUUUUGGCACAAAAUAAACAAAAUCAGCCAACACCAUCAACAUCAACUUCUAUUGUAUCAGAUCAUACAACAACAGCAGCAGCGUCAACAUCAGCAUCAUCCUCUUCUUUAUCGUCAUCAAAUGUGACGAAUUCGAUAUCUGAUGGACUUCAAAAUGGACCAAUCAAUGUGGUUGAGAAGAGUUUAAUUAAAUCUCCGAAUACAGUGUGUCCAAUGGAUGGCAAACUACCAGCACAUGUGCCAAAUGCGACAGAUACGCCAUGUGAAUAUCCAUUUGGGAGUAUGACACAAGCUCGUGUGAUCCAUAGGAGAGAAAAUACAUUGGGAAUUAACCAACAGCAACAGCAACAACAGGGUAAUAGUCAGCAUUUCAUAGCGCCAAGUACGCCUGUUGGUCAACCACCACCGCCACCAUAUCCCAACAAGCAGCAAAGCUCUUCUUCGUUACUUCUACCGCCGGCUUCAACAUCACAACUUCAGUCACAUAUUGUUGGAGGUGGUAAUAAUAUUGCCAUAUCGAGUCCAUUGUUAGUGAAUCUUUUGCAAAAUGAAGGUGUUAGUAAUAAUAAUUUAAGUAAUAGUUCCGGCGUCCAACAACAACAACCGUCAACGUCCAACAACACAGUUUUGACGUCAAAUAAUGCUGCUAAUGUUGAUCAUCAACACAUACAGCAGCAGCAUCAGACAAGCUUAGUGAAUGUUAAUAAUAACAAAAAGUGCAUAAAUAUUAAUAAAACACAAUUACCUGUGCAACAACAACAUACGAUGGUGCAACAGCAAUCAAUUGUCAUAAAUCAAGGAUCAACACCUUCAAAGUCGCAGAUGAAUAACAGCAAUCAACAGCAACAUUUAAAUAAUGCUGUAACUGCAACGACGACGACGACAAUUAUGAAUCCAUCAUUAUCUGUGCCUUCUCAUGUUAUCAAUAAUAAAUUACCACCACAUCAACAGCAACAAUCAGUAGCAACACGAUUCAUUGGACCUUCAGUACAACAGACAUUAAACAUACGAAAUAUUUCACCCGGACAACAGCAACAACAUCCUUCUGGUGUUCAAGUUAUUUCAAGGCUUUCUCAACCAUCUUCACAAAUGCAACAUCAACAAUUGCAACAACAUCAGCAAUUUAGACAGCCGAUGGUUACAACUGGAGCUCAACCUCAGUUUAUUUCGCAACAUAAUGCAAUGCCUUCGCCAUCCUCAGCUGGUUCUUCCACAACAACAAACUUUUUUGAUCCCGUUAAAGUUCUCAAUAAACCAAUGGAUUCAAUGACAAAAAGCAGCUUUCAAGAGUUUGCUCGGUAUCAAAUGGAAUAUAAUCUUAGUCAACAACAGCAACAGCAGCAACAAAAACAGCAGCAAAAUUUAUCUGACGGAAAUCAACAAUCAGUGCCUAUUAGUAAUCCUAAUGUUGUUGUCACAGCUUCAGCAACAACCUCCUCAACAACAUCAACAACAACUUCAAUAAACCUUCAACAAAUGCUCAUAAAAACGGAACCAAAACAGCCGCCAACAAACAAUGAUCCACUCGGACUUAAUCUGGGUGAACUUCCUGAUCUCAAUCUAACAAAAAACGACCUCGACUCGCUGCUGCCGACGUUGAAUCCCAGCGAGUUAGAAUGUGCCCUCUUUGAUUCCAAAUUGGAUUCAUUGUUAGAGGGGAAGGAUCUGGAUUUGGAUUUUAGUUCACAAAAUGCAUCAUCAACAACAGCAGCAACCGCUGGUGUUAGCAAUGUUGUAAGAAGUGAACGACCAACUGGUGCGCAACAGCAAAUUAUGUCAACAACAUCAACAGCAACAUCAGGAACAACAGCGAAGAUUGGUAAUUUCUCUGGUGGACAUAAAAAGCAACAAAUGCUUCUUAUAAAUCCACUUACAGGAGAUCUGGAACCAAUGGCAAGUGAUCACGACAGUGGCUCUGACAAUGACAGUGAAGAAUCAAAAAGGAAGAAACUUCUACUUAAGCAAUUUGGUGACAUGAUCCAAUCUGAUUUAUCCAAUUCUCUCUAUUCCGAUGAUGAGACAUCGUGCAGCACGGGAUUCUCAAAUAAAGGCACCAGUGAUAUGAGUGAUGGUGAGAAAUCAAAUUCAAAUGAUUUGUUGAGCUUAAAAGCGAAGAAAGUUCGCAAGGAGAAAAUGUUGUUGAAAGAUGGAAGUGCGGCAACAUCAGUUGUGAAGAGUAGUCGAAAGCUUAAGGAGAAAGCAAAUAAAACAACAAAAGAAAAAGUGCCGAAAGUGAGAUCAACAUCAACAAAGCCACGAUUGAAAGCAACGACAAUGAUUUCCGAGCAAGUGACGGUUGAGCAAGGUACUGAAAAAGUUAAAAUUGUUUUGAAACUACCGAAAACAUCGGACACAAAAAUAGAUCUCAAACAGCAGCAUCAACAGCAACAAGCACAGACAUCAUCGAAUAUCAACAAUAAUCAAAUCAAUCAGCAAGUGAAAAAUAUUCAAUUCAUUGCCCAGACAAGUCAACAGCAACCGUUGUUGAAUUUUCCCACCACCUUAGCUAUUGGUAAUGCGAUAGUAACGCAAAAUAAUUUUUCUCCCGCACAAACCGCUGGCUUAACAAUUACAAAUUCUCAAAUGCCUUCAACAACAUCUCAAUCAUCAUCAACAACACCGACAAGUGAAGAACUUCGUGUGCCACCAUUGCACAUCAGCCUACGUGGACGAAAUUCAAUUGUUAUUAAUAAUAAAACCGAUCGAAAGAAAUCUCAUAGUGGUGGUGAAGAAGAUAGCAAUGAUGGCUCAAGGAAAUCAUCGAUUAAGAAGCUUAUUCCGAAUGAUUAUCAUCAACUGACAACAAGUGAUAAAAAUGAACAGCAGCAACAACAACCACAACAGUCAAUGAUGGUGAUGAUGAAUAAUCAUGAGAAGAAAGAUUCAAUUGACAUUCCUUUGAGUGCACGACUUAAAAACAUGACAGACCCGCAACAUAUAAUGAAUUCAUUAGCUAGUUACAACGUUACUAUAUCAUCAACAUCUGGUGGGACGACAACAUUAGAUAAUCAUAAACAUAAAAUGUUGGAUGAGACGGGAAACUGCCGGAAAGGAAGUCAAGAGAGUGUUACAGCGUCAACAGCAGCAGCAGCAACAACAACAGCAGUUCAUAAUCAUUUGAGUAGUAAAAGUGGUUCAGCGACCACAACAUAUAAGAAUAUAACGAUAAGUGAAGUGAUGACAUCUCUGGCUUCCGGUAAUCCCAAUAAUACUCUCAUUCAAGUGCCUGCUUCAACAUCAAUAACAACCGUUGUGUUUGGUGAAGGUAAUGAUGGAACAUCAUCGUCAUCGUCAUUGAAGAAGAAUUUAAGUGAAUUAACGAAUGGAUUGAUAGGAAAUGAAGCAACAAUAGUAAAAAAGCGAAGAUUAAGCGGCUCAUCGGUCAUCAAUGAAUCAAAAAACCGUAAAGAUGAUGUAAAAGAAUUUCAUUUUACAACAAUUGGAUCAACAAAUGUUGGUACAUUGCCGCAACAUUCAAAUUUGUCGUCGUCAAAAAACUUGAAGGGCUUAAACUCCACCAUUAUCAGUAGCGCUGCUGUAAUCGGUGGUGGAGUUGGUGGUGGUGGGCAAAUUUCCGGACAUCAAAUUUCAAUAACGCCAACAACUGUUGUUGUGACACAUCCAGCAACAACAUCAUCGUCAUCAUCAUUAUUAAAAGCACAACAGCAACAUCAUGUGCAACAACAUUCAGAGCCAAAAAGCAACAAUGAAACGAUAAAUGUUCAAAAUCAACAACAUCAGCAACGUUCAGCUGUAAAAGUGAAUGAAACGUCGCGACCUGAUUCACCUGUGAAACAACAGCAGCAACAGCAAUCAGUUGGAGAUCUCAUUAAUGCUACAAACAAUUCAAUUCCUGUUACAGCAACAACAAAUGGUACACGACAAGGUUCACCAAAUACUCAAGCGCAAGGUGGUGAAGAUAGUGGAAUUGAAUCAAUGGAUGCACUGUCAGAAAAAAGUCCACAUCAAACAAGUCAUAGUCCUUUAGCGAGAGAUACAAAACGAUCAGAAAGUCCACGCGAUGACAAGUCAAUAAAUAUGGAAAUGGGUGAGAUUGAAGCAGCUCUUGCUAAAAUGGAAGGAACAGAAAUUGUUGAUGAGCUUUUAAAAAGCUGUGAUAAUAAACAAAAGAUCAAUGGUGAUUAUACAAUAAUCAUGCAUCAACAGAAACAUCAACAACAGCAGCAACAUGACGUGUUGGGAAGCAUGACAAAAGAUGAAAAUAAGAAGGAUGAAUGUUGCAAUAAAAAUAAUUUGAAUGAUGUCAAUGAUGUGAAGGAACAUGAAAAGUUUAAGAAUGAUGACAAUCAUCAUCAUCACCAUCAUCAUCAUCAACAUGUUAUUGAGCUUGAUGACGAAAAGAAUGCGAAUAUGAAUUCGACAAAGGAAAGUGUUAACUUGAGCGGUACAUUAGCAAGUGCUGUCAAUAAAGAAGACGAUGUUGUUGCUAAAAGUCAACAAUUAGAACCGAAGCCAUUAAGAACAAAUCCACCACUCUACACAUAUUCAUCAUCAGAUAAAAUGCAAAGAGAUAGUACAGGAAGUUCAUGCAGCGAGUCAGAAAAUGGUGUAAAGUCAACAUCAAAUAAUUCAGAGAAGAAAUCAGAAAUCUUACAACAACUUUCUAUUGAAAUUCCACAACAUACUGACAAUGAGAAUCGAGUUAGAACGAGAGCGAGUAGUAAGCUUGAAAGUCCUUUAGAAAUCACAAGGCAAAGUCCAAAUGAUUCAACAUCAACAGCAACAAGUGCAAUGAUGAAAUCAAGUCAGAAACUUUCAGCAGCUGUCAUUGAUCGGUUAAGUCCAAAACCAACGACAACCACAUCGUCAUCGUCUUCAGCAACAACAACGACGACGGGCAAGAAUAAAAGAAAACGUCAAGGGUCAGAAAGUUCAACGCAAUCGUGUGUAAGUGACGACAUGUCGGUACAAAGGAAGAAGACAAGAACAUCAGCGAAUGCUUCAAUUAUUCAAAUCCAAGAUGAUUCGAUGAGUGGGAAAGCUGGUGGAAAGAAACAACCGGAAAAUGCAAAAGUUAAUCACACUUCUGUGACUGUUAGUGCGAGUGGUGGUGGUGGAAAGAAGCCUGAAGAGUCGUCAGAUAGUGAUGAGCCUUUGAUUGAUAUGAUUGGUAAGACGAAAGGUCCUCGAAGUUCUUCGUCGAGUAAAAGUCAAACAACAUCGCCGACAACUGUUAGUGAAGAAAAAAUCUUAAGAAAUCACAAAGUUCUCACCAUCAACACCAACAAUUCAUCAUCAAAUUCAAAAUCAGCAAACACAUCGCCGACAAUUUCAUCGUCAUCCGUCACUAUUACACCUAUUGUAACAAAUUCAUCUUCGAAUCUUACGACAACAAGUUCCAGUGGUGGUGGUGGUAAAAAUACUUCAACGUUAAAGCCACCAAUUGAAGAGAAGAUUGGAACAAGACGAAGUGUAAGAAUGACAACAUCAUCACUUGCAUCGAAUAAAGCUAAUGUUAAAUCAAGUGUGCUUCAUAAUGCAUCAACAUCACUCACUGUAACAUCUUCGCAACAGAACACAAGUUAUAAUAACAAUAAUAAUAAUAGUUCGACAGGAAAGCUUGACCAAAAUGAGCCAAGAAGAAAGACUAGAAGUGCUGGUCUUGAUAGUCAAGCAGAAGGACGACGUCGACGUGGCUCACGUGAUAGUAAGUGACCAUUGGUCGGCUGUGUCUCAACAACAUCAUCGACAUCAACAACAAAUGGAAUGAGUGAGACGCAGUAUCAUCAUCAUCAUCACCAUCAUCAACAGUCACAAGAUGAAAUGCAGGAUGAUCAGGAAUCUUUUUUAAGUGAAAGUCAUUUACUAGGUAGCAGUGAUUAUAGCAUAGAUGAACUAUUUGUAUCGUCGGACGAUAGCAAUUUGGAAAUGUCUGUGGUAACUAUUUCUUUGUACUAGAAAGAAAGCAAACAACGUUCUGAUGGAAUCGUAUUGAGCAACAGCAGCAUGAUUACGUAUUAUCUUCAAGCAUUUCAUUCGAUAUGAUUUGUUUCUCUUGUUAAAGAAUAUUUGCGGUGAAUAUAUUAAGAAAAGAAAAGAAAAAAGAUUAAAUUAAUAAAUAAAAUCACACCUGAUCAUUGAUGAGAGUAAAAGAAAUUAAUUAAAUGAAACUUCUUGAAAUGAAACGAUGAAAAGUUGGUUAAAAUUUCUAUAUUUAUUCAUUAAGAAUCUGCUGUAAAAAGUGUCUUAUCAUGAUGAAGAAGGAAAGAAGAAAAAAACAGAAAAAAAACAAAAACAAGAAUAAUAAUUUAAUAAGUAAAUUGAUGAGCAAGAGAAUGAGAAAAUAUUAGAAAUCCAGGAUAAAUAAUAUUUUUCAUAUCUAAUGAAAGAAAGAAAAAACAAAAAGAAAAAUAAUACACGCAUACAAACACACAGAUUUUUAUUAAUUAAAUUAGUUUAUUGCAAUAGGCUUUAAAAUCGUUUUCCAUCUCAUUUCUCUUCUUUUGUUGUCAUGCUGUGUUAAUUUAUUUUCAUCAUAAAGCAAAAACAAAAAUUAUCAUCAACGUACGAGUAAAAAGUUUGAACUUUCACAAAAUUUGUGUCGUUUAAAAUUUAUUUGAUUUGUAAAUUAACAUUUUUCUUUAUCUUCUUGUGCAAUCAAUAACAAGAUGAGAUGCGAAAUGGGAUGGAAACAUGGUUUGAAAAGAUCAAAUUGAGUUCACAAAUGAAUGAAGAGCAGAACAGAAUAGAAUGGGCAGAUACGAAAAUGAAAAAUGAUAUGAGAAGAACGAAUGUGUGCUUCUUUCUUUCCCUUAAUUCAUAUUUAGUUAAAUGAAUAUAUUAUGAGAUAAAAGAAAAAAAUGAAAAUGAAGAAAAAAAACUAAUUUAAGAAAAGAAAAAAGUAAAUCAACUCUCAAAUGGACUGACAGAAACUUUUUUCAUGAGAGAAAACAUUGAAAAUGAAAGUCCACAGAAUUUUUGUAUAUAAUUCGUUCGAUUUUAGUUGUUUAGCGCCCUCAAAACAACAAUUAAAAUUAGGUUUUUAAAAAAACAACUAAUAAUAUUAAAUUAUGUUUCAAGUUUAGCUGAAAGUGAAUUUUUUUAGACUUAUGAUUAGUUACUUCACCUUCACAAGACAAACAAACGCAAACCACACUCACCAGAGUUUUCCUUUCUUUUUUAUCUUUAUUUUUUUAAUUUUAUCUUACUAUCAGAAAUGGAGUAAAAUUUAAUUUUCUUCUCCUAUUCAUUUCAUGUAAAUAUUACAUUCAAAUCCAAGAGAAUCUAAAAAAGAAAUCAUUUAAUAAGACUUUUUUAACAAUCACAAAAUCUUUACAACAUGUGGUGUCGUAGUUGAGCAGUAAGUUUGCAGCAUGUUUUUGGAUAUUUUUUCUUCAAAAAAUCUUUCUCUCAUUUUCAUUUUCAUUUGAUUUUAUAAAUCGAACAAAUUUUUAACAUAACGAAAAGAAACCUUUAAAUCCUUCGAUCAGCCAUUAUAGUUUAAAAAAUUGAAUGUUACACGCCUGAAAUAAAUUAUUUAUUACUGCUGCUUGAAAUCAAAACAAAACAAAAAAAA